CCUUCUAAUGCGAAAAAGUCGCCGACUAUAAAUAGCCCAAACUUUGCAACAAUCAGCAUCAGUCAGAUCCAAAGUCUACUACCACUAUCACUCAAAAUGUUCAAGCUCUUCGCUGCCACCAUUGCCGCCCUUUUGGUCGCCACUUCCGCCGCCCCCAAACCAGGCCUAGGAGCCGUGCCAUUGGCCUACAGCUCGCCCUACGUCUCUGCCUAUGGAGCCGCCCCUGUAGUCUCUGCCUACAGCGCCCCUGUAGUAUCUUCUCCCUAUGUAGCUUCCCCAUUGGCCUACUCUGCCUACAAUCCAGUCGCCUACUACGGUUAAGAGAUCAUAGACGAAUUCGGCACUAGAUUAUGAUGAUGUAUUUGGCAAAGUUUUUGUGAUUGUUUCUUAAAUGUAGAGUAUUCAAACUGAA